CAGACUUACUGUUGUUUUUUGUUUCCCAUCCUCCAUAGGUGAAAAAGGAUCCAAAUGAUGGUGUUUCAGGAUACUUUGUGACCGAUCGCCAUGAAAGGGUCAGGAAGGAAUUUUCCUCAUAGUGCUAAUUUGCUUCAAAGCACUAAAGUUUUUGCCUUCCUUUGGGGUACCAUUAUCUGUGUUGGUCAACAGUACUUGGUACAGCUGCAGCUCUUGGGUUGUUGAUGUGAGAUGGCAUCAGUGCGGCUCCAUGAACAAAAAGUUUUACACCGCAUGUAUAGUGCUUGGCCUGGAGGCAUUACACAAGAUGGGCAUUGUCCAUAGAGAUCUAAAACUUGAGUAUUUGAUGUUGGAUCAAGGUGGAUAUCUUAAAAUCAUCGAUUUCGGCCUCAGCAAAGACAGAUUUGGAUACACAGACCGCACAAACGCCAUCUGUGGCACAAGAACUUACAUGGAAAUGUUUAUGGAUAUUGGAUAUGGCAUGGCAGCUGACUGGUGGGCCCUUGGAAUCAGUAUAUACGCUAUGCUCAUGUAUGAGUUACCAUUCAACAAUGAAGAUCAGAAUGAGCUAGUGAACAGCAUCCUUUAUGAUGAAAUUGAGCUGCCAGAAGAACUAUCAGAGGAUGUCUCUAAAUUAAUAUAUGAAGAUACUGACUGGGAACAACUAUUACAUAGAAAAACAAAGCCUCCAUAUGUGUUCAACAACCAAGGCCAUCUGGAGAGCAUCAAUAACCCUGAAUGUCAAGCUCCAGCAUUGACAACACCUGCUGUAAAGAUCCCAUCAGAGCUGCAAGAGGCAUUUAAAGAAUUUGAUUAUACACCUGACUGAACAUCAAAUAAUGAUGUGAGAUGGAGUAGCGACAGUCAAAGGGAAUCUUAUUUAGAGAUAAAUAUCAUGGAUCAUAUUUCAUACAUAACGUGCUUGUUAUAUUAAUUUAGUGUACAUAAUAAUACAAAUAAAAAAUAUUGUUUCUCAAG